AACAAAACUGUAAGGCAUAAAUCUUCAUAAAUCAUCUUGGAUAGAUACUAUCAAGGCCGACUCAAAAAAAAAAAGCUGAUGAGGCAUUUGGUUCGGGGACGGCCAACACUAUAUUUAGAGGCAAAUAUGACGAAUAUAUUUUAUAGCUUUACUGGUCAAGACAUAAUAUAGAACACGUAUGAGCGAGGUCCAAAUCCUCCAACUUAGUUUUUAGCAAAAACAAAAAUUUCACUUCUAGACCGCAGUAUAUCAGAUGACUUUGUAUCCUUUGCAAUUCACGCGUAAAUUUGAAAGGAAAAAAAAAAUCCUCGGCGCAAAUCAGCGAGGGAUUUGCAAAAACUUUGCGUAUCACUAUGUUUUUUGACUUUGUCGCAUUUUAAGAAAAAAAUCUUUAUAGCAAAGGAAGGAGACUAAAAACUUAAUUUUUUAAUAGAAACAAAUCAUGAGUUUUCUUUCUGCAAAUUUUGUGGAUACGAAAGCUUAUAAAACAACAAAAUUAUUACAAGAGUGCAUUUCUUUGAGCCUAUCCCCUCCAAAAAAAAAGAGAAAGAGAAAAUUUUUAGGAGUAGUAGCUUUUGAUUGAUCAUGGAUUAUUCGGAUGAUGAUGGCAUGCUUAAUAUUGAAUCAGGCGAAGAAAACUUAUACAUUGACCACACAUCCGAAGCCGAUUAUGGAAUGGAAGAAGAUAUGCACAAUGAUUCCACAUCGAAGCGAGAUCAGAUAAGUUACAUAGUUCUCAAAGAAGAAGACAUCCGUGAGCAUCAAAAGACCGACAUCAAACAAAUUUCUACGGUUCUCUCAAUAAACCAAGUCGAAGCAAUCAUUCUGCUUCUUCACUAUCAGUGGAGUUCUAGUAAAGUCGAAGAUGAAUGGUUUACUAGCGAAGAGAGAGUUCGUAAAACCGUUGGUAUGUUGAAGGAGCAUAUGGUAGAUCUCAAUGACCAAGACGUGAACAUUGGAUGUGGAAUUUGCUUUGAAUCAUAUCUUCGCGAGGAAAUCGCAACGGUUUCCUGUGGUCACCCUUAUUGCAAGACUUGUUGGACCAGUUACAUAACUGAGAAAAUCAACAAUGGUCCGGGAUGUUUGAUGAUUAAAUGUCCUGAGCCUUCUUGUUAUGCUGUGGUUGGUCAAGAUAUGAUCGAUAAGUUGAUAACAAUAGAAGAAGAUAAGGAGAAGUACUGGAGAUAUUUUCUUAGAUCUUAUGUCAAAGAGGGAAGAAACAAUAUUAAAUGGUGUCCAUCACCUGGAUGCGUAUACGCGGUUGAUUUUGGAACCAGGAAUGGAACUGAAAAUUAUGAUGUUACUUGUUUAUGUUCUUAUGACUUUUGCUGGAAUUGUAGUGAAGAUGCUCACCGUCCUGUGAAUUGCGACAUGGUGUCAAAAUGGAUUACUAAAAAUACCAAGGAUAAUGAAUCCAAAAACACGACUUGGAUACUUGCGAAUACGAAGCUUUGUCCAAACUGCAACUGUCAUAUCGAGAAGAACCAGGGAUGUAACCGUAUGACCUGCUCAAUUUGUAAUCAUAGCUUUUGUUGGAUUUGUCUUUGUCCAUAUGAUGGUGGCCACACAUGCCACAAGUUUGAGGGUGAUGAUGAAACAAAAAUUAAGAGAAAAAGGGCGAAAAGGGUGAAAAGGACAAUCGACAGAUACAUGCAUUAUUAUGUAAGAUGGGCAAACAAUCAAUCUUCUAGGCUAAAUGCAAUGGAAGAUUUGAAGGAAUUGCAAGCGGUGCAGCUUGAGAAGCUUAGUGUCAAACAAUGCUUCUCACAAACUCAGCUCCAAUUCACCGUAGAUGCAUGGCUUCAGAUCAUCGAGUGUAGGAGGGUGUUGAAAUGGACAUAUGCAUAUGGAUACUACAUUCCUCGGGAGGAACGAACCAAGAAACAGUUUUUUGAGUAUUUGCAAGGGGAGGCUGAAGUUGGUUUGGAGAGGCUUCAUCAUUGUGCAGAGGAGGAGCUGCAACACUUUGUUGAUGAAACUGACGAUCCAUCUACAGAUUUCGAUGAUUUCCGCAAGAAACUAAUUGGUUUGACUAAAGUAACCAAAACCUACUUCGAAAAUCUAGUGAAAGCUUUAGAAAAUGAUCUUGCUGAUGUAGCUGUUGAUGAUAGCAAAUAAAAACCGAUCUCCAAAUUUGAUAUCAAAAGACAAAAGUUGGUGAUAACGGUAAGAGGAAGAUCCAAGUGGGAAUUGAAAGUUCUCUGUUUCAGUUACUAAAAGAAUGCAAAACAACUGGAAAAUACUCUCUGUUUUUAUGUUUUUCCUGCCAAGGGCUUUAGAGUUUGUAACAGUAUUAAACCUUUUUUCUAAUUAUUCAUUAGCAUAAACGAAAUUGUACUGUUAUUUUGAGGUUUGAAGUCUGCUUUUGCCUCGGGUAAGAUUUUAGAGAACACUAAAAUCAUUUCUGUUUUCACUUUGGAAAGGUCCUCUGCCUAGAAAAUCUUGUCAAGCAAAGAAGAGUAGUAUUGGAACUCAGAGAACUUAAAGAUCCAAUACUUGUUUUUUACUUUAGUUUUCUCGUUCAACAGAUUUGACUAAAGUCAUCAAAACCUACUUCCAAAAUAUAGUCAAAGCCUAGGAGAAUGAUGGUCUUUCCGAUGUGGAAACAUAUAAUCUCGCGGCUAGAAAUGAAAGCACUAGAAAACAGUAUACGCAGCAGCACGGUUCUAUUGCAAUAGAGAGAACAUACGAAUCCAUAGAACAUAUUUUUUUUUUUGAUAAAAAACAUAAAACUAAACAUUACAUAUCUUAUUCUUCUUCUUGUUUGUCCAUAACUUUCUGAUCUAGGACUGGACAUUUUAUCCGUUAAAUUUGAUUCAAUUGUUAUUUGUUUCGAUUCGAUCUGAAAUUUUUGAAUAUUCGUAGACUUCCGAAGUAAAGCAAAUACUAAAAAUCAGUAUCCGUUAAAAUCAAAGCAAAUCACAAAUAUCAAAAUUUUGGAAAGCGGAUAUCUGCUUCGAUCCAGAAAUAUAUAAAUACAUGUACAUCUUGAUUAUACUUAAUGUUUUAAAUGUAUAAGUUUACAUAAUAAUUAUUAUAACAUAUGAUUUGACAAAUUUUAUUUACAUUAUUACUUAUACAAAGUAUUACAUGAAAAAAAAGAGAAAAAAAUUAUAAAACAAUUAUAACUUUUUUCUUAAGUUUUGUGUUAUUAUAAUUGUUAACUAAGUUUAAAAUUUAAAAAAUAUGUAGUUUCACUAUUUCUUUUAGUUUUUCUUUUAUAUAUCAUGCAAAAAAUAUAUUAAAAAAUAAAUUUGUAUUGAAUUUUUUAGAUUAUUUGUAUUAAUCAAAGCGGAUGAGAUAUCCGUAAGUAUCCGUAAAUAUCCGUAAAUAUCCGUAAAUAUCCGUAAAUAUAUAUUUUUUCGGAUAUCUGUUUUUAUGGAUAUCCGUAUUUUUUCGAAGCAAAGAAAAUCAAAAAGUUAGAUAUCCGUAACAUACGAAGCAAAUCACAAAUA